AUGAUCUUGACGUUGUUGAACGUGCUCGUCACAUUCUUGAUACCAAUUUAUAAGUCGUACAAGUGCCUCAACGUUGGGAAUGCCGAGCGGCAGGCGUACUGGUUGAUGUAUUGGGUGAUUAUUGGCUGUGUGAGCUGCGUAGAGGGAUUGUUGAGGUGGAUACCAUUAUACAGAUAUAUCAAGAUAGCUUUUGUUAUUUACCUCGAAUUACAAGGCUCGGAGGUUGUUUAUGAUAGUUUAGUGAAGGAGGUGCUCCAGAGGCACGAGACGGAGAUUGAAGACGGUCUUAGGGGGCUCAAGAGAGGCGUCUAUGAUUUGGGUGUCAAUUACGUUAAGCGAAUUUACAGCGCAAUAUCCCAGCAGCAGCAGGAGUACAUUCCACUCGAUGACGAGCAAGAGCGGGAGCAGAAUCAGGAACAAAGUUCAAAUAUCGCGCAGCUCAUCAGCUCAUACACACCCACAGUCAUAACCAACCAGCUCUCCAAUCAGCUCACAAGGAGAGGCGCGAAGACUGACGAUCAGCAAAAGCAGCCGACGCAGCAAACACAGCCAACAGCGCAAACGCAGCCCAAACCAAAAACCAACAAAAACAAGCAGCAGCCACAGGACACAUCAAAAGACGCGUCUUCGUGGCUAUUUGGCUAUUUGUGA